AUGCUUAAAUACUGUUAUGAGUUAGGUGUGAAGUAUGUUACAAUUUACGCCUUCAACAUUGACAAUUUUAGAAGACGUCCUGAAGAAGUUCAGUCCACUAUGCGGUUGAUACUAGAGAAAAUUGAAGAUUUGAUUGAGGAGGAGAGCAUGGUCAAUCAUUAUGGCGUUAGGAUUUACUUUCUAGGCAGUCUUAAACUUUUGAGCAAGCCGGUAAGGUUGGCUGCAGAGAGGGCCGUAGUUGCUACUUCUAGGAAUUCAAAAGCUGUGCUGUCAAUUUGUCUUGCCUACACUUCCUCAGAUGAAAUUUUGCAUGCUGUUCAAGAGUGUUGUGAAGAAAAAUGGGAUGAAGGAAGUGCAUUGGAGUCAAAAGGAGCUGGAAAUGGUUUACUUUUUCUGAAAGGAAACAAGAAUGACAAGAGCAAGCCUUCAAUCGUAGUCAAGGAUUUAGAGAAAAAUAUAUAUGCUGCGGUUGCACCUGAUCCUGAUAUAAUUAUACAGACUUCAGAGAUUUGGGGUGGCCUUCCAGGUCAACAGGUAUUUACUGAUCCUUUGAAAGAGACCUUUUAG